AAAACUCUUAAUCAGUAUUUGAUAUGAUUUUUACUAUAAUUUAUGCCAUAAACUGAUGGACCGAUCGAUCGCUUAGUUGUCAAUAAUUUAUUGAUAAUUACAGACAUUUGCAGCGUUUUCUGUCACCACAAUUGUCUUAAGACUUCUGUUAUUGUCAUUAAACUGGUCCUAAAAUGGAGACAAUAAUUAGCGACACGACUGUCGUGAAUGUCAUCAACGGUGUUGAUCCCGAGUUGUUAAUCAAUAAACGAAAUGAAGCGGUUAUUCAUCUGAUGCUCAUUGACUCAAUCCAUGUCACAUCCAAUAGUCUGAAUGACACCCGCAUUAAGGUUUCGGUGGACGAACUCAACCAAAGAGAUGCCACCACUGAUGACGGUAUCAAUGGUGACCACAAACCCAGUAGCGUCGAGAUAUCUGUGUUGAAUGAAAAUGAGUCAAAAUUUGGAUCUCAAGAACCUAAUGGACGGCUCUAUUCGGCUAAAGAAUAUGUCAUUUUCCGCACAAAACUCACAAAUAUUGAUGAAAUGGUAUUUACAAUAGAUUUAUAUUCCUCUGGAAGCGAUUCCGAUGCAAACACAAAACGAAUCGCUUUUUGCAAUAUAUUUGCCGCUCAUCUGAAGGACACGAAUGGAUUCAUUUCAAUGCCUUUCAAUACGGAAAACGGAAAAAUUGUGGCGAAAUUGAAUUUGGAAUAUGUGAUUAUGAGUCCCAUUAAGGGAACCGACGAUUUCUUGGCCAAACUGGCGGACGAGAGUUGGCUCACGACUCGUAAGGGCUACGAUGUCGGCCAUCGCGGCGCCGGCACUGCCCGCAGAACCGACCGAAUCGAGAAUAUUCUGGAGAAUACGAUCGCGUCCUUCAAUUUUGCGAGUCUUCACGGCGCAGAUAUGGUUGAACUGGACGUCCAGUUAUCCAAAGACAAAGUACCCAUUGUUUACCACGACUUCAAUGUCAAUAUCAUUAUGAAACAUAAGAAAUCGAAAUUAAAUUCUGGCGAACCCUCGACAGAGGUUCACACGAUGGCCAUCAAAGACCUCACUUUCAAACAACUUCAAAGUUUACAGUUGAGUCCUGUUAUCAAAGCGAACAAAACAUUCUAUGACUUCGGCGAAGAGGACCAGACGGAAGAGAACCUCCCGUUCGCCAGUCUUGAGAAAGUACUCGAUUUAGUGGAUCCCAAGUGUGGUCUUAAUGUGGAGAUCAAAUAUCCGCAGCAAAAAAUUUGUGGUCAAUGGGAGGCCGAGAAGACAUUGGAUCUGAACGAAUACGUGGACAUAAUUGUG